GCCACGGCGACCACUAACAACAGACCUAGGAGCCUGGAGCAGAAGGCAGCAGGCCUUGAACGUUUCUGUUCCUUAGGUUUGGCCAAGGACUAGCAUUGAAAUGGAGACGAGCGAGGAAAUGUACAACGAAUUGCAAGUAGAAGAGGAGGAGGUGGAAGAGGAGGAAGAGGAGGAUGAGAUGAGUUCCUUCAACCUCAGCGACGAAGUGCAAGACCUGGAGGAGCAGCUCUCUCGGAUCCAAGUCCACAUCCCUGAAGUUGUCUAUGAGUUUGACUGGAAAUCCGUGGACACCACCAACCUGCCGGAGUCCUACCGGAGCAACACGCCCAAGGAGCAGCUGCUCUUGCAAGUGGCCGACAACUUCCACCGCCAAUACGCCCACCUCUGCCCGGACCGCGAGCCGCUCUUCCUCCAUCCCGUCAACGAAUGCGGCGUGGAAAAAUUUGUGAGCACGACGGUGCGCCCGACCCUGCUGCUCUACUCAGAGUUGUACAACUGGGACGGCUGCGCCCGCUUCGUGUCGGACUAUCUCACCAUGGAGCCCCUUCCAUCGCCCAUUGCGCCCCCCGGCUACCUGUAUUCCCCGACCACCAUCCUGCGCUACCAGCGGGGCAACUGCUUCGACUUCAGCGUCCUGCUCUGCUCCUUGCUGGUCGGGGCCGGGUACGACGCCUACUGCGUGAACGGCUACGCCACCCGGGAGAUCUGCAUGAUGGACGAGUCCCGGGAGGAGUGCCCGCUCCUGAAGAAGUCCGAACAGGUCGUCCAAGAAGCCGCCGUAGAGAAGCCGAAGAAAUACGCGAUCAAGCCGCCGCGGGAUCUGAACAGCAAAUACGAGCAGCAGGAAGCGGAUAAAAUCGUGGCCACGGCGAAGGCAGCGGAGGACAAGAAGAGGAAGGAGGAGGAGGACAAAAUAGCCGAAGCCCAGAAGCCCAGUCCGGACACUCUGUACGGCCUCCGGGUCCACGCUUGGGUCCUGGUCCUUUCGGGCAAGCGGGAAGUCCCCGAAAGUUUCUUCAUUGACCCCUUCACCGGGAAGAGCUACCCCACCACCGAUGACCACUUCCUGGGCAUCGAGAGCGUCUGGAACCACAAGAAUUACUGGAUCAACAUGCAAGACUGCUGGAACGCUUGCAGGGACCUCCAAUUCGACCUCGGUGACCCGGUGCGCUGGGAAUUCAUGCUGUUGGGUGCCGACAAGCCUCUCCUGUCGGUGCCGGACGUGGACGAGGAAGAAGAAAUGGGGGACGACGAAAUAGAAAUGCUGCUUAAAGAAGAGGAGCCGAAGAGUUUUGACAUGCCUGUUUCUUGGGUGCAGCCGAUCCAGAUAUCUCUCAAAGAGUUUGAGACCCGGUGCCCACAGGGCAAGAAGGUGAUCCAGUACAAGAAUGCCAAGUUGGAGACGUGGUCUCCGUAUCUGAACGCCAAUGGAUUGGUCACCCGGCUCACUGUCUAUGAGGAUCUCGACUGUACCAAAAUUCUGGAAAUCAAGGAGUGGUACAAGAACCGAGAAGACAUGUUGAAUAUGAGAGAACUGAACAAGCGAACGGAUUGGAUAACGGAGUACUUCCUCCCUGGACACGCACACGGCCUCAAAGCCCACGUCUACAAGACCAUGGAGCUGGAGACGGAGCGGACAAUGGAGUUCUACCACGAGACCAGGGUGGACGGUCUUGAGAAGCGGGUCGAGACGGCCACAGAUAUGACCGAAUAUUUUGUGGGACGCUCGGAUUUCCUUUACUAUAAGCACACGGAAUUUGGCAAAAGGGGGAAGAAAGUCACCACCACGGCGACCACCACGGACAGCAAUGCUCGACCUGUUGUGAAGAUCACCGAACGCUUCCACAGGAAUCCGAGCAAACCAGCCGACGAAGACGUGGCCGAACUCAUCUUCUCCAUCCUGGAGGAGAAGAUCUACCUGACCUACCACCUCAAGAAGAACUACAUCACUCCCUCGAAGCGGGAGUUCAGCAAACAGUCCGAGGUGGACAACAAGGGGAAUAAGAUCGUGAUGACGCCCGACAUGUGCAUCAGCUACCAGGCUGGGUCUCUUGAGAAGGAGAAGAAGUUGUUCCAUUUGUAUGAAAUGCUGAUGAAACUUAUUGAAGAUGAGAAGAAUUCCCGGCACCAGAUCUGGGAGUCCGAGAUCGAGAUCCAGGAUAUUCUCAAACUUCGAGAGGACGAAGAAGCGGCCAGCAAGCUGAGCGUCUCCAUUUACGACACAGAGAGGAACGAGAAGAGCAAAGAACACCGGGAGGCCAUGGAGCGCCAGCUGCAAGAGGAGCGCCAGCGGCAGGUGGAGCAGGAGCUGGACUACCUGGCGCCCUUCCUGAUCCAGGUGGGCGGCACGGAGAAGAUGACCAAGUGGCUGGCCCUCCGCCUCAAGGAGGACUGCCUCAGCGACUUCAAGCACCGCCUCGUCGACAAGGCCAACCUCAUCCAGGCCCGAUUCGAGAAGGAAAGUCAGGAGCUCCAGAAGAAGCAGCAGUGGUACCAGCAGAACCAAGCCAACAUGACCCUGGAGGACGAGGAGGCCUACCUGAACUACUGCUCAGAUGCCAUGUUCCGCAUCCGCAUCUUGGAGGUCCGUCUCAGCAGGCACAGAGAGAAAGCCUCGCUGAAGUAUAUGGCUUUGGAAGAGAAACUCUGCAAGGACCCCCGCCUGGCCGAAUACCUCAAAUUUUAUUUUUGAUUUCCUCCGCAUUUACGGAGCGCAUCGCGUUCCUGGAUGUGGUCGUGCAAAUAAAGCAGUGGAGGAAUGCUUUGCUUACGCUGGCUGGUCUUUCCCAUUUUUUCCCAUCAAGCAUGGGAGUCUCUAUGGCAGGAGAGCGCCAUGGUCAUGUCAAGUGGAGAAACAGCUUCCGAACCAAAGGCUACAACACACUGCAACUCUCUUUCUAACUAUAUAUGUAUGUAGUCAGAUUUGUCCAAAGUUGCCUUGAAAUGGCAAUCAGAAUUGAGCACAAGUCAACUGUUGGCUGCCGUUUGGGGAAAGCUGACCAUUGGGUCUCACUGGAGAACUUUCUACAAAGCACACUUCUGAUGACACGUGUAAGUCUGCCAGUGGGAUACUAUGGCCAGCUUCCACUGGCUUUGUGUACUCUUUCUCCCAUGCAAUAGAUGCCGUCCCGUGCCAACAAUACUGCGCAAGAAGAUAAAUGGGUGCAAAUCUGACAACACUUGCAAACCUAUUGAAGAACAGGUUUCUGUGAGUUUUUUGGGCUGUAUGGUUAUGUUCUAGUAGCAUUCCCUCCUAAUGUUUUGCCCGCAUCUGUGAAUAAUGGCACCUUCAGAGGUUCUGUUGGCAGUAAGGCAAGUGGAGUGUGUGUGCGUGUAUGUAUGUAUAUACUGUGUUUCCCCGAAAAUGAGACAGUGUCUUAUAUUAAUUUUUGCUCCCAAAGAUGCUCUACGUCUUAUUUUCAGGGGAUGUCUUAUUUUUCCAUGAAGAAGAAUUCACAUUUAUUGUUGAACAAAAAAUGAACAUUUAUUAUAUACUGUACAGUAGUUGUCAUCACAAACCAGCAUAACCAGACCAACUGUGAAUCCUAUCAAGAAUUUCUUGUUACUACCAUUAUUUCCAUGUACAACAAUUCUAUGGUACAUAUAUUUGCCAAUCCUGCAUGUUCUGGUGUUCUGUUCGUUGGGCAUGCUUCCAAACAAAAACUUUGCUAGGUCUUACUUUCGGGGGAGGCCUUAUAUUUAACAAUUUAGCAAAAUCUCUACUAGGUCUUAUUUUCUGGGGAUGUCUUAUUUUAGGGGAAACAGGGUAUAUGGAUUAAUGUCCAGGGUGGGAGAAAGAACCCUUGUCUGUUUGAAGCAAGUGCAAAUGUUGCAAUUAGUAAGCUUGACUAGCCAUGAAGUAGCCAUGAAGCUGCAAAGUCAAUCAGUGAGGGUAUCUACGUAGAGGUAGCCUGGCCUGUGUUGCCUGGAGGCAUCCUCUGUUUGGGUGGUGUUCACUGGCACUUGGUUGUUUGCUGUCUGGAGUUCUCCUGUUUCUGAGUGCUGUUUAUUAGUUACUACCUUGAUUCUGGUUUUUUUUUUAAUACUGGUAACUAGAUUUUGUUCAUUUUCAUGGUUUCCUCCAGAGAUAUCAAUAAGGCACAGAUAUCGAUAUCAAAAUGCUACAAGAAUAGUAUCAAUAGAAAUAAAACAAUUCAGAAACAAUUUUCAGUGCUCAUUCUCGUGUUAAAGUGAUUCGAGAUUGUCGAUGUUGUCACACAAACUUAAAUAUAUAUAUGUUAUACACAUUUAAUUGUCUGUAUUCAUAAAACUGUGUGUCUGUAUUGAUAAGUAUAUUCCUUACAUUACCUGGUUGGGACUGUUAGGAAAAUACUCAUCAAUACAGGCAUACUGUAUUAUGAAUACAAUUACAUUUGUAUGAGAACAUAUAUACAGUAGUGUCUCACUUAUCCAACAUAAACGGGCCGGCAGAACGUUGGAUAAGCGAAUAUGUUGGAUAAUAAGGAGGGAUUAAGGAAAGGCCUAUUAAACAUCAAAUUAGGUUAUGAUUUUACAAAUUAAGCACCAAAACAUCAUGUUAUACAACAAGUUUGACAGAAAAAGUGGUUCAAUACGUAGUAAUGCUAUGUAGCAAUUACUGUAUUUACGAAUUUAGCACCAAAAUAUCGCGAUGUAUUGAAAACAUUAACUACAAAAAUACUCCAGAUAAUCCAGAACGUUGGAUAAGUGAGACUCUACUGUAUUUAAGUUUGUAUGGCAACCUUGACAUCCUAGAAUCACUUUAACACGAGAGUGAGUACUGAAAAUUGUUUUGUUUCUAUGGAUACCAUUCUUGUAGCAUUCCUCCAGAGGUAGCCUGGCCUCUGUUGCCUGGAGGCAACCCAGUAGCAUCUUCCCCAAAGUCAGGCAUCGGCUGGAGAAAGCCAACUCCAAAACUCUACCAUUCAUCAGUUUGUGGCUAUUAUAACGUGAGCACAGUCUGCAGCCCAGGACGGUUGCCGUAGUCCAGAACAUUGCUAGAUUGGGGAGGGUUGUCAUAGAGGAAUGGGCUGUCCCCCUUGCACACGCCUUGCUCUGUUCCGCUUCACCUCCUGGCCCGGCCCUUGUGGCCACCUCGCUGUUCGGAACCUCUUUUCACUUCUGCAUAGAUCACCUCCCCAGGUGGCUCAACUUCCUUCCUUCGGUGGAAGUUGAGGUCGACGUAGGUCACUUCGCUGGCUUCCCGGCUCAGGCGAGGGUGCUGCUGGGAAGGAAAAGGCAACAGAAAGAAGGCUUCAGAGGGUCCGUCUACACAUGUCGUAAAACCCAGAAGAAACCGGGAUCAAAGCAGAACGGGGUGGCUCAAUGACAUUUUGUGAAAAUGCAGCCUGAAUCAGCUGGAAAACACAUGUUUCAAAGGUGCACGUGAAACCCGAAUCUGGCCAAACAAUGUGCACAUUUGCAUGACUGUAUUUCUCAGCAGUCAUGGGAAAUAUGUGACUUCAUUCUGACAUGCUGGUGUGCACUGUUCCAGCGCAUGUGUGCAUUUUAAUAGCCUGACACCAGGAUCAAAGGGGAACGGGGCGAAUCAAUGACAUUUUGUGAAAAUGCGAGCUGAAUAGGCUAGAAAACACGUGUUUAAAAGGUGCACUUGAAACCCGAUUCUGGCCAAACCAUGUGCACAUUUGCAUGACUGUAUUUCCCUGCAGCCAUGGGAAAUAUGUGACUUCAUUCCGACAUGCUGGUGUGCACUGUUCCAGCGCAUGUGUGCAUUGUAAUAGCCUGACACUGGGAUCAAAGGGGGAUGGGGUGAAUCAAUGACAUUUUGUGAAAAUGUGGGCUGAAUCGGCUGGAAAACACGUGUUUAAAAGGUGCACUUGAAACCCGAUUCUGGGCAAACAAUGUGCACAUUUGCAUGACUGAUAUUAUAUCAGUAUUAUUACUGUUGUAAAACCUUCGUUUUAACUUCUGUUUUAUCAUCUUCUUGUGUUUUAAACUGUGUAUAUUGUUCAUGUAUUUGCGCUGUUACUUUUGUAACAUUGUGAGCCGCCCCGAGUCCCCACAGGGAGAUGGUGGCGGGGUAUAAAUAAAGUUUUAUUAUUAUAUUA